GUCUGGCCUGCAGAGGGGCCGCUGCUGUGUUUGACAUGUCCUACUUCGGGAAGUUCUACCUGGUGGGCCUGGAUGCGAGGAAGGCUGCCGACUGGCUCUUCUCGGCCGAUGUCAGCCGGCCCCCAGGCUCCACGGUGUACACCUGCAUGCUGAACCACCGCGGGGGCACCGAGAGCGACCUGACCGUCAGCCGCCUUGCUCCCAGCCCCCAGACCUCCCCGCUGGCCCCUGCCUUUGAAGGGGACGGCUACUACCUGGCCGUGGGCGGGGCCGUAGCCCAGCACAGCUGGUCCCACAUCACCACGGUGCUGCAGGACUGGAAGUUCCGGUGCCAGCUUGUCGACAGCUCCGAGGACCUGGGCCUGAUCAGCAUCCAGGGCCCAGCCAGCCGGGCCAUUCUCCAGGAAGUGCUCGAUGCAGACCUGAGCAAUGAGGCCUUCCCGCUCUUCACUCACCAGCUGGUGAGAGCCGCCGGGCACCUGGUCCGGGCCAUGAGGCUGUCCUUCGUUGGGGAGCUGGGCUGGGAGCUGCACAUCCCGAGGUCGUCCUGCCUGCCCGUGUACCAGGCUGUGAUGGCAGCAGGGGCCAAGCACGGCCUCGUCAACGCCGGGUACCGGGCCAUCGACUCCCUGAGCAUCGAGAAAG